UUGGAAGCCCUCACGUCACUUGCCGCAAUUGCGCAUCAGGUCCCCAAUGCUUCUCUAUAAGGAGCAUUUAAUUGGACCUUCGGCAGAGGAGGCCAUGCUUCCUCGGUGACGUUGUGGGAGAUGUUGGUGUUUGACAGGAAACUUGCACAGGCGGAAGUUGUGAUUAGUAUCAAGAAGUGUGAUAUACACCCGAUAGGAGAAUCUUCUCAACAACUGUCACAAUUUUAUCUCAAAGCUAUGGCAAAAUGGACCAGAAUUCUAAGAAACAGAGCAACAAGAAAUUUAAGUUGUUUAAAUUAACUGUUUUUGGCAGCCUAAGUAGUUUACCUCGUGCAUUUCGAAGAAGGGAAUCCCGAGACACAGACAUACGGCAGCACCAUGUCCGAGCAGACCGCAUGUUUGAAAAGACUCAGGAUGACCUUGUAUCUAUACCAAAAAGCCCUACAUAUGCGAGGUCAUGUGACAUGUAUAGCCACAUGGGAACAAUGCCCAGAUUAAGCACCACACGUGCAUCUAAAGCCAAGAAGGAAAAAGCAAGCCACGUUGGCAGUAGCAAUAUACCACCGGCUGACAUGAGAUCACAAGAUGACCUACUAAACGAUGACCCAAACGAUAUUAUAGUCGUUCCAUCCCUAAGAGCUGCAGGCAAGUUAGGAUCUCAAAGGAUCCACAAAGAUUCUUCUAAACUGAAUAAUAUAGAGAAUUCCAAAUCCCAAUCUCAGGAAAAUAAACCAGAGGAUGAACAUGCACAGAUUAAUACGGAUCCCUCUUGUACAGCUCACGAGUUGCUACCUGAAAUUCCCAAACUGGAAGGAAGGGAUGGAGAGAAAACGCCAGACAGCGGACAAAGCAAUAACAAUGAAAGUUGUGCGGAAAGUACCUGUAGUGCCCUCGAUCCUGGAAGUGAUUAUGUAAAGUUCUCGAAGGAGAAAUAUAUUUUGGAUACUCCGCCUGAGAAGUUACACAAAGAACUAGAGGAGGAAUUAAAGCUCAACAGUUCAGAUCUACGCAGCCACGCCUGGUACCACGGACGCAUUCCACGGGAGGUAUCAGAGAGUUUGGUCUUAAAAAAUGGAGACUUCCUCAUUCGGGAUUCGCUGACCAGUCUGGGUGACUAUGUUUUGACCAGCCGCUGGAAAAAUGAGCCUCUGCAUUUCAAGAUCAACAAGGUGAUGGUAAAGACCAGUGAUAGCUACACACGGAUACAGUAUCUGUUUGAGCAGGAGAGCUUCGAUAACAUUCCCUCCUUGGUGCGCUUCUAUGUGGGAAGCCGACGGGCAGUGUCAGAACAAAGCGGUGCCCUUAUCUACUGCCCAAUCAACCGGACAUUUCCACUGCGAUAUCUGGAAGCCAGUUAUGGACUCGCUCCUUCUAGGCACGGAGGGUCUCACAGCCCCCAAAAAGGACACAUGAAAAGAAGGAGCAUCACAAUGACAGAUGGGCUGACCGCAGACAAAAUUACCAAAGGCAACGGUUGUCCAAACAGCAUUUCCUCCCCACAUCACAGAGAUAUUGUCAGAAGUUGUGCUGUCAGUGUGGACCAAAUCCAGGACCUGCACGCUCCCAUGUCUCCAAUCGCUGAGACACCUGGAUCCCCUGCAUAUAGUACAGUUGUCCGAGUAAAGCCCCAUUGUGUCACUCCUGCUUCUCCAGUUUUGAGAAGAUCCAGCGAACCCUAUGUUUGCCCUGCAAAUAACAAAGCUGCACUAAACAUGGCUGACAGCUCCCAUUCUACGCCAAGUCACGGAUACCCACACAUCUCUCCUUCACCCUCCAUGAACAGUUACACAGAUCUGGAAAAUGGGCACUACUGCCAGCUUCGCCCAGCCUCACCUUCACAUGACUCUCCUAUCAAAUCUCUUCCUCCCAAGAGCUAUGUGGAAAGGUUAAAAGUUGACGAGGGGGUCAGGGUUGUGGGCAGCCGUGGGGUGGAAGAUGCAGAAAGAGACAGGGGAAGUUUCACUAUCCCCAACAUGGAGCCCAAAUCUUCAUUCAACCCAUCGACUUUCAAGUCCACUCUUAUCCCUUUGGACAACAAACCCCUGGAGAUGUGCAUCCUUAAAAAAGUCAAGGAGCUCUUUUCCGAGGUGGAUGCCAAAACCAUAGCCAAGCACAUUACCAAAACUGACUGUGAGGUUGCCAGGAUACUCGGAGUUACCAAGGAGAUGCAGAGGACCAUGGGGGUGAGCUCCGGCAUGGAGCUACUGACAUUGCCUCAUGGCCGCCAACUGCGACUUGACCUUCUGGAAAGGUUUCACACCAUGUCCAUUAUGAUUGCUGUCGAUAUUUUGGGGUGCACGGGUAGCACAGAGGAAAGGGCGGCUCUUCUCCACAAGACUAUCCAGCUGGCGGCUGAGCUGAAAGGCACCAUGGGAAAUAUGUUCAGCUUUGCCGCUGUAAUGAACGCUUUGGAAAUGGCACAGAUCUCCAGACUGGAACAGACAUGGAUAGGCCUGAGGCAGCGACACACAGAAGGAGCCAUCUUGUAUGAGAAAAAGCUAAAACCAUUUCUGAAGAGCGUCAAUGAAGGAAACGAGAGCCUUCCUCUAAGCAACACCACAUUCCCACAUAUCAUCCCGCUCAUUACCCUCCUGGAGCGAGACACCCCUCUGCUUGACGGGGGAGAACCCUGGGACAGCAUUGACAAUGGAGUAGAAGUAGUUAUGGCACAUCUGGAGGCUGCACGGAUGGUGGCACAUCAUGGAGGACUUUACCGAACCAACGCUGAGAUGAGGCUUCAGGGCUUCCACACCAGGACAGAUCUUCUGGAGGUCUCCAGUACAGAAUUCCAGAUGCGGAUGCUGUGGGGCAGCAAAGGGGCAUCUGGGAGUCAGGCGGAGAGAUACGACAAGUUUAAUAAAGUGCUCACUGCUCUGUCGCACAAACUGGAACCCUCAGUGCGCUUCAGCGAAUUAUAACAAAAGGUGUCACAGUGAAGAUUGGGGACCAGCAAGGAAAGAACAGGCAGGACAUGAGAGACAUGACAAGGGCCAAGAAUAAUAUCAGACAACGGGUUAUCACAGCGACACAUCCCCUCUUUUCUAGGACCCAUUGCUGCAAAAAGCCCAGCAGAGCAUUCUGGGAUUGCUAACAAUGAAGAGGGUGAACUGCUAAGUCUACAGACAGAUUGGCAUCUCCGUGGCAGCCAGUCAAAGCAUGCCCUGCUGUGGGAGGAGGAGAAAAUGAAUUAGGAUGUGUCAAAACUGUGCUUAGUCAGAAACAAAUGUACCAAUAUUCUCUUUGCCUCAUUAUGUGGCCAACUGGGGCACUAAGUAAACAAUUAGCAUGGAUUAUAAACGCCAUCUAGUGUAUGUAAAGGCAACUGCAGGCAUAGCACAGGGAGAGCCCUCUUGAUUUUAUUUUUGUAAUUGUCAGGGAUAAUUAAUAAAGGUUUAAUUGUCUGGAAUUCAAGGUGAAGUUCACAUUUUUGGCCAAAAUAGCUGAAAAACGACAACUUUUCCCCUAAACUUUGAAAUUCACUUUAAUUUCAAUUUGAAUCCCAAUUCCCAAAUAAUUCUCACUCUAGUGCAGGGGUACCCAAAAGGUAGAUCCCCAGAUGUUGGAGAACUACAACUCCAAUGAUGCUUUGCAUGCCUUUGGAAUGCCAGUAGAAUGGCAAAGCAUCAUGGAAGCUGUAGUUUUAAAACAUCUGGGGAUCUACCUGCUCUAGUGACUAGCCCUGUAUGCCUUUAUCACUGCAGAUCACAGGAAGGAAUCCCAGAAAGAGAUAUGCUUUUUUUAUUCAAAAUUCUGUUUAACAAUAUUGAUCUUCUAGAAAUAACCUUUUUAAGUCAUAAAUACCUGCAAAGUGUCAGAAUUGAGAAACCUCUAUGGUAGGUACACUGCUCUUCUGGAUAUUUAUUGCCUCCCAAAAAAUGCCUUCCGUAACCAGAAAAAAACAAACAGACAAUUUGGACAAGGCCCAUUCAUUCGGCUUUUUUUCCUAUCCAAUCUGCAGACAUUGUACUUAUAUUUCAGGAUAGCUGCCUACCACUUCUGCUGGAAGGCUGUUCCAUGGAUGUACUAUACAUUUUGUAAAAUCAUGCUUUCACACAUCAUUCCUCAUGUUUCUGGGGGACAUCUGUGCAUUCUGCCUUCAUUGUCACUAAGUGACUUGCUGUGUUUGCAUUCGAUAUGUGACAAAUAUAAUUCCAGGCAUGGUUUUUAUUUUUAUUUUAUACAGUUAUCACCAUAUUUUGAUAUAAGACAUUAAAAAUGUAAAUUAAAUGUCUCUUUGUGUCAAAGGAUAUAAUGACUGCAGGAAUCCUGAGAGGGUGGGACAUAUAUAAAGGAGAUUAAAGGGGUGUUUUGGGCAUGGGAGAAUGAACUAGCAAAUUAUUUGCACAAAUGUGUAUAUAUACAUAAAUAUAUAUUUUGCCAUUUCAUCACUGAAGACGUUAAUUGUGAUGUUGUCAGUAAACAACUGUGAAUAAUUUUGUAAAAAUAUUUUAACAGGGUGUAGAAAGAAAAGAGCAGUUUGUGCCCAGAAGUUAAAGGAACAAACAAGGCACCAUAACCACUACUGCAUGAUGUCGUUGUUAUGAUGCCAGAAGUAACCAAUAGCCCCCCCCAAUGUAAGGGAUCAAACAGUUUAUGAACGGUUUGACUUGCUACCUGAGGUCUGCCUCCAUUACUUAUGGAAGAGAGCCAAAAUGUGGGGGCGCCCGGGGACUCUGUCGACUUGAAGUGGUUAUGGUGUGCAGUAUGUUUCUUUAAGGCAAAGUUUGAGGCAGAUACAUUUGUGGCUCUGCUGAUGGCAAAUUACAACUCUCCCCCAUGUUGCACUACUAUACAGGUGGUAACAUUAAGGGGCAUUGUGAGUUGUUAGAAAGCAUAAGAGCCACAGUUUUAUAUACUUGUGAAUUGCUAGAACACAGCGUACAUUAAACAGCUUAUGGAGGGGUUUAUUCACUAAAUGGUAACAGUAAUUGUGAAUUGAAAGUUGAGAUGCAAAAAAAAAAACAAAGCCAAAACCGGAGAGAUCGAUAACUUUUCAAACACUGCUUUUGUGGCCUCAAUGUGUUUUCAGGUUGUCAGUACACUGUUUAGUGAAUAUACUAGUUGAAAUAUGAUUUUUUUUUUUUUUAAAUUGGAAUUCCGAAUGUCUGUUCUCAUUUGAAAGGGAAACCCUUUGCCAGGGUGUAAAUAGCUGAGCAUUUAUCUGUAAAUAGAGCUUUAUUUCUCUCUGUGAUGUACAGUAUCCUAGAUCAUUCAUUGUACAGAGCAAUGUCUUAAUGAUUUCUGUGUAAAUAAAC